GUGGACUGCGCAUGGUUAACGACGAUCCCGAGCUGGUCUUCCACCCGCUCAAGAAGAUCGAAAUCAUCGUCAAGGGCGACAAGAAGCAGUUCGUCGCGGAGCUGCUCGACCGCUCCGGGGCGACCGGCUACACCCUGAUCAAGGAUGUCGCCGGCAUGGGCGAGCACGGCUUCCACGAAGGCCGGCUGCUGUUCAACGAUCAGGCCAGCCUGCUGCUCUUCGUGGCCGUGGCCAGCGACGAGACCAUCCGGCGGGUGGCCGCCGGCCUGAAGCCGCUUUUCGAGAAGAACACCGGCGUGAUGUUCAUCUCCGAGGCCCAGGUCGUCCGCCUGGAGCACUUCCUGAAGCGCGAGCAGGGCCGCAGCGUCCGGGGCAAUAGGGCGGGGGCCCAUCCCUGGCCGGCGCGCGCGGCGUCUUCCACGUCGCCGGGCCGACCCUGCGGUCUCGCCUCGAGGGCCCGCGUCCCCGUCCGUCGGCGGGCGGGGCAUCGGUCCUGGUUCUCUCCUGCCUUCGGACGGUUCUGUCUCGUGGAUAUCGAUCUUGCGUUUCUCGCGCCCUUCGCCCUGGCGCUGCUGGCGACCGGCGCGCUCGCCGGCGUGCUGGCCGGCCUGCUGGGCGUCGGCGGCGGCAUCGUCAUCGUGCCGGUGCUCUACCUCGUCCUGCCCGCCCUCGGCGUCGAGCCGGCGAUCACCAUGCACAUCGCCGUGGCGACCUCGCUGGCGACCAUCGUGCCGACCGGCCUGGUCUCGGCGCGCAGCCACCUGCGGCGCGGCGGCGUCGACCUGGCGGUGCUCAAGCGGGUGGCGCCCUGGGUCGUGGUUGGCGUCGGCCUCGGCCUGGCGGUCGGCGCCCGCUCCGGCGGGGCGGUGCUGACGGCGGUCUUCGCCAGCGUCGCGCUGCUCGUCGCGGUCUACAUGGCGACGACCCGCGAGGGCUGGCGGGUGGCGCAGCAGCCGCCGGGCUGGCUGGGCAUGGUGCCGAUCGGGCUGGGGCUGGGCGGCUUCUCCGUCGUCAUGGGCAUCGGCGGCGGCACCCUGGGCGUACCCACGCUGACCGCCUGCAACCUGCCGAUCCGCAAGGCGGUCGGCACCUCGGCGGCGAUCGGGCCGAUCAUCGCGUUGCCCGGCGUGCUGGGCUUCGUGGCCGCCGGCUGGGGGCAUCCCGACCUGCCGCCGUUCAGCCUGGGCUACGCCAACGCUUUGGGCUUCCUGCUGAUCGCGCCGACGACGAUCCUCUGCGCCCCGCUCGGCGCCAGGCUGGCACACAGCAUUCCGCCGGCCUGGCUGCGCCGCGCCUUCGCGCUGUUCUUGCUGCUGACCUCGGCGCGGAUGUUCUGGGGGAUUGCGGCCAGCGGACCUUGCCCGCCGGCUCUGGCCGCGCCGGCGCGGCGGCUUAUGUCAGCGGCCAUGAGGUCGCGCGUCGCUGUCCCGCUUGCCCCUUCCGUUGCCGUGGUCGGCGCCGGCCUGGCCGGCCUGACCUGCGCGCGCCGGCUGGCGGCCGGCGGCCUGGCGGUGCGUGUCUUCGAGAAGAGCCGCGGCCUGGGCGGCCGGCUGGCGACGCGGCGCAGCCGCGCGGGCUGGCACUUCGACCACGGCGCCCAGUUCGUCACCGCCCGCGGCGCGG